AUGGCGCCGUCACGAGCACUCUUCAUACCGCGCGACGUAUGCCGACAAGGCCUUAGGUAUCAGACGCAGCGCCGCAGCUUUGCGGGUGCGGCAAGGCUGUACGAUGAAGGAGCAUCGAGGCUGCCACAUGUCGCCAGCCCAUCCUUCUGGAAGUCGCUGAUACCACGCCCCUUCCGACGCCCGGCCGAUGCUACAGAAGCAGCAGAAAGAUCCGCCAGGAGAAGUGCUGGUGCGGAGGAGAGGCGGACGGGAAUCAUCUUCCUGAUACUGGGAAUUGUGGUUGGCUCCAAUGCCAUCAACAUCAUCGCCAUCCGUCGAGAUAUGCUCAAUUUUACGCGACAGACAGAUGCCAAACUAGAGCUGUUGCGCGAAGUCAUUCAAAAAGUGAAGAACGGCGAGGACGUGGACGUGAAGCGGGCGCUAGGCACGGGUGACCCGGAGCAGGAGAAAGAAUGGGAGCAGGUCAUGAAGGAGUUGGAAGAGACCGACAUGUUACUGGAAGGCUCCAAAAGACGGGAAGCGAAGCGUGCACAGAAGGUCGAGGAGCGAAGAGCCAAGGACCAGGUCCGGAACGCCCCCUUGACAACGCCGUCUGAUCAGCCAGAGCCAGCGAAGCGGCCGAAGUUCUUGAUGUGA